AUGUCAAAGGGUGAAAAGAAUAAUAAGAUUCGCACAUUCUUCAAAGCCAUAGGGUGUGCCAAAACUAAUAAUUCUGGAGAUAACUCUGUUUCAAGCAAAAUAGAAGAAGGAGAUAAUGUUAAUAAAUCUCUGGUAAAGUGCUACUUGGAUAACAUAAAAAGCAUUUCUACCCAAACUCGUGCGACUCCCGGAAAAAACAAGCUCGUGCAGACCAUAAUAUCUUUUAAAAACCCAAUUAGUACAAUUAAUAUUGAGCACUUUAAAGAACUAUUCGAAAAGAAUGUUGAAAUACAUAAAAGAGGCAUAUUAGUAGAAAGGAAGAGAGCUGCUAUAAUUCGAGUAGCCCAUAUCGUUUCCAUAAGGCUAAAUUCUUCUGCACACUUAGCGUUCUAUUUCUUCUGUAUUAAUUCGAAGACUAAAAGACCUAAUCUUCCGAAUAUUAAAGCAGGUUGCAAUAUCAUUAAAUCAAAGUUAGAAUCUCAGCAAAGAUAUGUGUUGCACUUACUAAUUAAGAAUUCUAUGGUAUGGUUGAAGAAUAAAAUUGUUCUAAAUACGUCAAUCAAUAAGUUUGAAUGCAGAAAAAAAGGAAGGAUAAAUCCUGUAUUAAUUUCGUUUUAUAUUCUAUCUAAUUUGGUUAAUUCGAAAAGAUUCUACCCAUUUUAUAAACUUUUACAUUUUAAAAAGGACCAAUAUUCCCUGUCAAAGUCCAGUCAAAAAGAACAGGUUGCAAAAGAUAUUGCACAUAGAGCCAUCAAAAAUUUAAAGAACAAGAGCCAUGAUAGUGAUUUUAGAGGAACUUUUAACAUUGUUUCACAGCUGGAAUUUUUUACAAAAGAUCGCUACGUAAAUUUCGCGACCACGCUAUAG